AGAUGGUGAGCCAGACAGCCACGGACGUGCCCCCUCCCACCAUGGGGGUCAAGAUCGUCUCCGCCGGGGUGGCCGCCUGCCUGGCAGACGUGAUCACCUUCCCGCUGGACACUGCCAAAGUCCGACUGCAGAUCCAAGGCGAGGCUCCGAACUCCAGCGGCAUCAAGUACAAAGGCGUCCUGGGAACCGUCACCACGCUGGCGAGGACCGAAGGGCCGGCGAAGCUGUACAGCGGGCUGCCCGCCGGCAUUCAGAGGCAAAUAAGCUCCGCCUCCCUCAGGAUCGGCCUGUACGAUUCGGUCCAGGAGUACUUCUCGGAAGGGAAAGAAACAACACCCAGUUUGGGAAAUAAGAUGUGCGCUGGCUUAAUGACCGGAGGGGUGGCAGUGUUCAUUGGACAGCCCACAGAGGUGGUAAAAGUGAGGCUCCAAGCGCAGAGCCACCUGCAUGGCAUCAAACCCCGUUACACCGGAACUUACAACGCCUACAGAAUUAUUGCAACGACAGAAAGCUUUUCGACCCUAUGGCGUGGGACUACCCCUAACCUGUUGAGAAAUGUCAUCAUCAAUUGCACAGAGCUGGUGACGUAUGACCUGAUGAAGGGAGCCCUUGUGAACAACCAAAUAUUAGCAGAUGAUGUCCCAUGCCACUUGCUGUCUGCUUUGGUUGCUGGAUUUUGCACAACAUUCCUGGCUUCUCCAGCGGAUGUGGUGAAGACAAGAUACAUCAAUUCUCCAGCGGGUCAGUACCACAGCGUGCCCAGCUGCGCAAUGGCAAUGCUCCAAAAAGAAGGGCCAACGGCGUUUUUCAAAGGAUUCGUGCCUUCCUUCCUGCGUCUGGCCUCCUGGAAUGUCAUUAUGUUCGUGUGCUUUGAGCAGCUGAAGCGAGAACUGAUGAAGUCAAGGCAGACGGUGGACUGUACCACAUAA